AUGGCGCUGGCCCUGAGGUGCCUGCGGCAGCUGCAGCCGCCGCUGUGUCGCUCGCGGCUCGUGGCCGGGGCGCUGCCGCGGGCGCCCGCGGGCCGCCCGGCCCCGCUGCCCGGCGCCUGCAGCCAGCGUGGCCACCAGGCCGUGCUCACCAGGCAGCUGGCGACCAAAAAAGCGAAAGGCAAAGGGCAGGCUCAAGCUAGAGUGAAUAUCAGUGCCGCCUUGGUUGAGGAUAUUAUAAAUUUGGAAGAAACCAGUGAGGACAUGCAGGCGGUGGUAGAAGCCCUGAAAGAAGAUUUCAGCAGAAAUCUCAAUAUUAGAACCUCACCAGGGGCCUUUGAUCACAUAGUUGUGGUGACCAAAGAUGGGAAGUUUCCACUGAACCAGCUUGGGCAGAUCUCACAGAAGUCACCUCAGCUCAUCAUCGUGAACAUGACCAAUUUUCCAGAGAGUACAGCUGCAGCUACGAAGGCUAUAAGGGAAAGUGGAAUGAACCUAAACCCGGAAGUAGAUGGGACAAUGAUUCGGAUCCCAAUUCCUAAGAUAACCAGGGAGCACAGGGAGGGCCUUGUGAAGCUCGCCAAGCAGUCCACCAACAAAUCSAAAGAUGCUUUGAGAAAGGUGCGAAGCAAGAGUGUCACCCAAAUAAAGAAGUCCAAGAACAAAGUGUCUGAAGAUACCAUCUUCUUGCUAGAAAAGCAGAUCCAGCAAAUGGCAGACAGCGCUGCAGCCGAGAUGGACAAGCUGCUGGCAGCCAAGACCAAGGAGCUGCUCGGGUAAACACCAUCCCUAUGGACACACUCCCCUCCACCAGCAAGACCGUCAAGCAGCCUCAGGUGACGGCAGGGACAGCUCUCCCAGACCUCCACAACAGACCCCUGCUUUGGACUGCCGACCCUCGACCGUGUUGGAGGGAUGGGGGAAACUCUCCUUGCUUUUAUUUAUUCAGGUGAAGAACAAAAUUAGGUUAAGUAAGUUUAAAAAAAAUCAAACGAGAAAGAUGGGAAGCUGAGGGAAGGGUUYCCACAGCAGAAGCCAACACAGGAGGUGAGGCUGCCCCCCCACCUUGGGCAUUCACCCAACAGGACCUGAACCACCCAGGGCCUGACCCCUCCACAGCUUUGCUUCCCCCGACCUGCUCGCGCGGCCGUGCCCUCGCUCCUUCCAUCCCCGGCCUYUUAGCCCUCGUAGCAGCUCUCCCUUUGGCUGUGACGGAAGCAGGAACACGAGCAAGGUGAACCUGCUCCUCCACUGUCCUGCUGUGGACCUGGGCAAAUGUUUCUGUCUAAAAUAAAGUCAAAAUGGGACCUGGAGGAACAGCCAGUUCCUGGUUGGCCUGUCCCCUUGAGUUCACUCUUCUCCGAAGAGCAUUUGCCYGUUGCUGUUGGCACCACAGUUUCCUACAGCCUUUCCCACAAGGUGUGCAGCUCCAGGAGGACCUGGAGAAGCUCCUCACCCACCGGUGCACACUGCCAAAGUGCAUACAAAGACCAUGGCUGUGCACUUCCUUAGCCUUUGGUGACUUUUUGGG